ACGUGAUUAUUUCAAGCACGUCGGCUCGGAGAUCCACCAGGAACUUCACGCCGCCUUCGACCCUGCUUAUGUGACAGAACAGGUGUUUGUAGCGGGGCGUCAGGCUGUACCGCAGCCUGUCUUCCACCUGCAAGAUGGUGGCCAGGUCUCGCAGCUGGUUGUCCAGCAGCUUCACCGCCAGCUCGGCCACGCUCUGGUGAUCCACCUCGUAGUCCUGGGACAGCUUCAGCAAGAAGUCCACCUUGUCCUCCUUCUCCAGACUUCUGUAGAAGUUCAUGAACUCCAGGCUGUGUGGUUCGGGGGGCGGGGGGGACUUGUCCCUGGUCUCGUAGGACGGCAGCGGGGCCACGACCCUCGCCAGUAUGUCCUCCAUGGCCGAGACGCCGCGGACCGGAGCAGAGGACCAGCGCCGGCUGAUGGCGGCCGAGGCCUCUAGAGCAGCAUGAAAGGCGGCCCGGUGUCGCCAGCAGCUCACGCUGGUGCGGGCGGUCCAGACGGCAGGACGGGAGAUCAUGGCGGGCAGCGCUCAGCUGUCCGCUGACGACAGAGAUCACGAAUCACUUCCGGGUCUCUUAAGGAGCCAGCGCCGUUGUCAUGGCAACGAGUGAUGGUUAGUUUUCGGUGUGUUGAGGUGAGAGAUGGGACGAGAGAAGGACGGUAAAGGAGACAUGAAGCAGAAAGCCAGCAGACUGAAGAGGCUGAGUGACGGUGAGAGUGCAGCUGCCGGCGGAGAGACUAACAAGAACAGCAUGAAGCCAACUAAGUCGACAGAGAAGACCGAUAAUGGAAAGUCUCAAAAGAAGGCAAAGAAGCCUAAAACUGAGAUCCUGGAGCCAGCCACCAUUUCCAGUGACUUUUUGAAAGAAGAGCCUCAGGAUGAUGACUUCGCUGCAAAGAAGAAAGGGCUGAAGAGGAAAAGAAUUAAAGAUGAAAACAUGGACGCCACUGUUUCACCUACCUUAAAGAAAACAAAUAAGCAGCUUGGUGAUGAUGGAAGUGAAGAAGUUCAAAAAAAGCCAAAGAAGACAGUAAAGGUCGUAAAGAAAGAGGAGGACGACCAUUUGGUAACAAAAAAAGUGAAAAGGACAAAGGAGGAGAUUGAGGAAGCAAAACAGCUGAAGAUGAUUAAGAAGGAGGAGGAGGAGCAGAAUCGCUGGAGAUGGUGGGAGGAGGAGAAGUAUGAAGAUGGGGUGAAAUGGAAGUUCUUGGAACACACUGGCCCGUCCUUCCCUCCUGAGUACCAGCCUCUACCCGACAAUGUUAACUUCUACUAUAAUGGCAAUAAGAUGAAGCUGGGCCUGGCAGCAGAGGAGGUGGCUGUUUUCUUUGCACAGAUGUUGGACCACGAGUACACCACAAAGAAGGUGUUCCGGGAGAACUUCUUUAAAGACUGGAGGAAGGAAAUGACUCCUGAGGAGAGGUCACUGAUUGGAGACCUUGACAAGUGUGACUUUGGAGAAAUCCAUGCUAUGCAUAAAGCGAAGGUGGAGGCGAGGAAAAACAUGACCAAGGAGGAGAGACAGGCUAUAAAAGAGGCCAAUCAGAAAAUCGUGGAUGAAUAUGGCUACUGUAUGCUGGACCACCACAAAGAACGUAUUGGUAACUUUAAGAUUGAGCCUCCAGGUCUUUUCCGAGGGAGAGGCGAGCAUCCAAAACAGGGAAUGCUGAAGAAAAGGAUCCAGCCUGAGGAUGUCAUUAUCAACUGCAGCAAAGAAUCCCGUAUCCCGGCACCACCUGCUGGUCACCGUUGGAAGGAAAUACGGCAUGACAACACUGUGACUUGGCUAGCCAGCUGGACGGAGAACAUCCAAGGCGCCAUUAAAUACAUCAUGCUCAAUGCAAACUCAAAGCUCAAGGGAGAGAAAGAUUGGGAGAAAUAUGAGAUUGCUCGGAAGCUGAAGUUAUGUGUGGAAGACAUCCGUUACCAGUACAACCAGGAUCUCAAAUCCAAACAGAUGGUCACACGACAGAGAGCUGUGGCCAUGUACUUCAUAGACAAGCUGGCACUGAGGGCUGGUAACGAGAAAGAGGAGGGAGAAUCGGCUGACACAGUUGGUUGCUGCUCGCUCCGCGUGGAGCACAUCACCCUACAUGAGCAGCUGGAUGGUAAAGAGUGCGUGGUGGAAUUUGACUUCCUGGGUAAAGACUCAAUUCGCUACUACAACAAAGUCCCCGUCAUCAGGAAGGUUUUUAAGAGUCUUAACCUUUUUCUGGAGAACAAGGAUCCAGGAGAUGAACUCUUUGACCGUCUAAAUACAAGCCUUUUGAACAAACAUCUGAGCUCUCUAAUGCCUGGUCUGACUGCAAAGGUAUUCAGGACAUAUAACGCCUCCAUUACCCUGCAACAGCAGCUGAAAGAGCUCACAAACAAAUCUGACAAUGAGCCAGAGAAGCUGCUGUCUUACAACCGUGCGAACAGAGCAGUUGCUAUUCUGUGCAACCACCAGCGGGCGCCGCCAAAGACCUUUGAUCAAUCCAUGGCUAACCUUCAGACCAAGAUUGAAACAAGAAAAGAAAAGCUGGCUCUAGCUAAGACGGAGCUGAAACAGGCUAAGAAGGAGGCCAAGACCAAAGGGAACUCGGACCCCAAAGCUCAAACACUGGUGGAGAGGAAGAAGGCAGCAGUAAAGCGCUGUGAGGAGCAGCUGCUGAAGAUGGAGGUCCAGGCAACUGACAGAGAGGAGAACAAACAGAUUGCUCUGGGUACCUCAAAACUCAACUAUCUGGACCCACGUAUUACUGUGGCCUGGUGUAAGAACAUGGGGGUGCCCAUAGAAAAAGUCUACAAUAAAUCCCAACGGGAUAAGUUUGCCUGGGCCAUCGACAUGACGGAGGCGGACUUUGAGUUCUAAAAUUAAACUUCAACACCAGAUUCAUAAACUGAUAAGAUGCAACUAGGGAAUCUUUGACGUUAAAACGUACAGUACUUUAAUACUGCAUUUAUAGGACUACUGAUGAUGUACUGUGUGUGAUGUGGCCAAGCUUUUCCCAAAUGUUUGUUGUUGCUCAUUUUGGUUUGAUCGUAUAGGUGCUUAAUUUAGAUGAUUUCUGUUGGUUGCUGUGUAUUUACAUUUUGUUGGCAUUAAUUCAAAU